ACAAGAAAAUGUACGUGGUCCACGCGGAGGCCAAUGCAAUCUUGAACACCAAUGGCAUGAGUUUGACAGGAACGCGUCUGUAUACUACACUAUUUCCCUGCAAUGAAUGUGCCAAGCUCAUCAUACAGCCAAGAGAGAGCAAUUCAAGACGUGGAUUUGCACAAUUGAAAUAUGAGGAACGCAAUCAGCAGCAGUGAAAUGAAUAAAUUACGCGAAAAUAAAAUCAAUUUGCAUUAGGGGAACUGGAGACGUGUGACUAGUGACUAGCCGUCAGACAACUUGGACCCCUGAAGACCCCUUAAGCCCCCUCGAGAACCCGAGGCCCUCCACACCAUCUCUACCAUCUCUCAUUCACCAGCUGACAGCCAUCUGAAGGACGAACAAGGCGCCGGCCCAUGAGCUGCCGGGCGGGCAAAUUAUAUUACCUUGUCAGGCGAGUGACAUAAGGCGGACCUCUUGGCCCCACGCCCGCACCCGCACCCCCACCCACGCCCACUACGCCCAUGUGUGAAUCCCAGUGAGGUAGCAAGUGGGCAAAGAAGGAGCUGGAGGAGGAAGAGCAGGAAGAGGAGGUACUGGGGUCACGUCUUGGGUUACCAAAUCGCCGCAAUGCUACGCAGCUGCGUGUGCCUGCGCACCGACGACGACGGGAAGCGGCGCAGCUCCUCCGUGGAAGACGCCUCCUCGUGCCGCUCGUCGGAAAUAGAGCGCGUGGGCGCCAGCAUGCAGACACUGGGCCCCAAUGGACAGCCGCAGUCAUCCGCCGCGCAGACGAGCACCAGGGCCUCCAGUCUGCUGCAGCUCUUCCAGCGGCGAGGUUGGUGCAAGCACUUCCGCAAGCCGCUCCGGGGCAUGAGCGCCUCCCGGGCCGAAAAGACUAUCAGAGCGGCAAUCUUCAUCCAGAAAUGGUAUCGCAGGCAUCAGGCCCGUCGCGAAAUGCAGAGGCGUUGCAACUGGCAGAUCUUCCAGAACCUGGAGUACGCCAGCGAACAGGACCAGGCUGAGCUAUACAAAUUCUUCAAUGACCUCAUCAAGCACAUGCCCCAGGCGGCGGGCAGAAAGAACCAGUACCAAGGAUCCGCUCAUGUUUCCGUUUUGGAAGAAAAAGACGAUCUCGUCGAAGAGUUUGGGGACAUUGUGAAUGCCAAAAUUGAGUUGCCAAUACGAAAAAAUCAUAUCGAUCUAUUGAUUGACGUCUUCCGCAAGAAACGGGGCAACCGAUUGCAUCCCAAGUAUGUGGCUCUAAUUCUACGUGAAGCUGCCAAAUCGCUAAAGCAGCUGCCCAAUAUUUCUCCGGUGUCCACGGCGGUUUCCCAACAAGUCACGGUAUGUGGGGAUCUUCAUGGAAAAUUGGACGAUCUUCUUGUGGUGCUGCAUAAGAACGGUCUUCCCUCAUCUUCCAAUCCCUACGUGUUCAAUGGUGACUUUGUGGACAGGGGCAAACGGGGCUUAGAGGUCCUGCUCUUGCUGCUCUCCCUUUAUCUGGCUUUUCCAAACGCAGUUUUCCUCAACCGGGGAAAUCACGAGGACAGUGUCAUGAAUGCGCGAUACGGAUUUAUUCGGGAGGUGGAAAGCAAGUACCCUCGGAAUCACAAGCGAAUCCUGGCCUUCAUCGACGAGGUCUACCGAUGGCUUCCCUUAGGCUCCGUUCUCAAUAGUAGAGUGUUAAUCGUGCAUGGAGGUUUUUCGGAUAGCACAAGCCUGGAUCUAAUUAAAAGUAUUGACAGGGGCAAGUACGUGUCCAUUUUGCGACCACCACUUACGGACGGCGAACCACUGGACAAAACCGAGUGGCAGCAGAUAUUCGACAUUAUGUGGAGUGACCCGCAGGCCACCAUGGGAUGUGUUCCAAACACUUUAAGAGGAGCUGGUGUAUGGUUUGGACCGGAUGUGACUGACAACUUUCUCCAAAGACAUCGACUCAGCUACGUCAUUCGAUCCCACGAGUGCAAGCCCAAUGGCCAUGAGUUUAUGCAUGACAACAAGAUAAUUACAAUAUUUUCGGCCUCGAACUACUAUGCCAUUGGAUCCAACAAGGGUGCCUACAUCCGCCUGAAUAACCAGCUGAUGCCCCAUUUCGUUCAGUAUAUAUCGGCGGCAUCGCAAACCAAGCGAUUAUCCUUCAAACAGCGAAUGGGCAUUGUGGAGAGUUCGGCUCUCAAGGAGUUGGCGGUGCGUAUGCGCGAUCAUCGGGAUGAGUUGGAGGACGAGUUCAGGAAGUAUGAUCCCAAGGAUAGUGGCUAUAUAUCCAUAUCGCAAUGGUGUAAGGUGAUGGAAAAUGUCACCAAGUUGGGGCUGCCCUGGAGACUCCUUCGCGAUAAGCUGGCCCCAGGAACGGAUAGUCAAAAGGUUAAUUAUAAUAGGACAUUGGAUUUGCUGGACACGGAUGUUAUUCUCGAAGCUGAGGCUGAUGGCAUGUCAGUAAUGGAUGCAUUGUAUGCCAACAAAGCCAGCUUAGUUGCCAUUUUUAAUAUAAUUGAUGCGGAUAAUUCGGGCGAAAUUACCCUAGACGAGUUCGAAACUGCUAUUGACUUGCUGGUGGCUCAUAUGCCAGGUGCCUAUUCCAAGGCGGAAAUGCUGGAGAAAUGCAGAAUGAUGGACCUCAAUGGAGAUGGCAAAGUGGACUUGAAUGAAUUCCUGGAAGCGUUUAGGCUGAGUGACUUGCACAGAAAGGAGCAGCAGGACGAAAACAUAAGGAGGCGUUCAACUGGCAGACCAUCCGUGGCUAAAACAGCCACAGAUCCCGUCACUCUCUUGGCUGACAAGAUCUCAAAAAACACGCUGGUCGUGGAACACGACAUCGAUCCCACGGACUGUGAGUCCAAAGUAAUCGAUCCUAAGAAGUCCUAAAGUCACCGGAAAGUACCGGAAGAUCAUCAACAAAUAAACAAAGUAGCAUUAUUGUUUUUUGGCAAUCUUCUAAUCUCGGACUUAAUUUAAUGUACAUGAAGCAUUUAAGGCUCAUUUUCUUUUUAAUCAUCAUUUUAUACACACUACGUAGUGAAAGCAAGUGUUAUAUAAAGUCAAGUUAAAAAAAAAAAAAGAUGAAAUCGAAUUAGAUGCAAAAAUUAAGAAUAUUAAGAUCUCUGCGAAAGCAAAAAUCGACUGCUAUAGUCACCUCAAUAUUUAUGACGUCUACUGGCCAUUCCCCUACGCUUUUGAUUUAAAUAAUUUGUAAUUAUAAAAAAUCGCAUUAUCCACUCCACUAUAAGCUAUGUUGAAACUUUAAUAACAGUGGAAUUAAAAAUGUUAUAGGCUACAAAAAAAAAAAAUAAAAUUAAGACGAUACAAUUUAUACUAACAAAAAUCCAGCGCUUUAUAUAAGAGUAUAGGCAAAAAACAUAAUUAAUUGUUUAUCUAACCAAAAAGUUUAAGCCCAAGGGAUCAACAAUAAAUUUUAUAUAUUAUUACGGCUAGUUCUAAAAUUUUAUAAAAAUGGCAUUUUAACAACCAAAAAUAAACUUUUAAUUAAUAGAAAC